AUGCCUGCCACCACGGCGGACACGCUAUCCCUCGUCAACCGCUCUGUUACGGUUGCCCCGUUAGUCCUGCUCUCCGUUGCCGAUCACUAUGGCCGGACAGCCAAGGGUACCCGGAAACGUGUAGUCGGUGUACUUCUGGGUGAGAACUCGGCAAUGAUGUACGAGUUUCCAACAGCUUCGCUGGAGGAUGAGAAGGACCCGUCUGUCUGGUUCCUGGAUCACAAUUUCGUCGAAUCGAUGAGGGACAUGUUCAAGAAGAUCAAUGCUCGUGAGAAGCUAGUCGGCUGGUAUCACUCAGGCCCCAAGCUGCGUGCUUCGGAUCUGGAGAUCAACGAGCUCUUCAAGAAAUACACUCCUAAUCCUUUGCUGGUCAUCGUUGAUGUCCAGCCAAAGGAGGUCGGCGUGCCUACAGAUGCCUACUUCGCGGUGGAUGAGAUCAAGGAUGAUGGAACAACGACGUCAAAGACAUUCGUGCACACCCCGUCGGUAAUCGAGGCCGAGGAAGCGGAGGAAAUUGGCGUGGAGCACCUGCUCCGAGACAUCAGAGACGUCGCAGUCGGCACCCUUUCCACUCGCAUCACCUCACAGCUGCAGUCAUUGCAAGGACUGCACCUGCGGCUGCGUGAUAUCGGCCAAUAUCUCCAGAAAGUCCUCGACAAGGAGCUUCCGGUCAACCACGCGAUCCUGGGCCACCUCCAGGAUGUAUUCAACCUUCUUCCCAACCUGUCCACCCCUCCUACGACACAGCGCAUCAGCGGCCAGGAGCCUCAGAUGGAGAACAGCGAGCUUGCGCGCGCCAUGAGUGUCAAGACCAACGAUCAGCUGAUGGCAAUCUACAUCAGCAGUUUGAUCCGUGCCAUCACGGCCUUCCACGACCUAAUCGAGAACAAAAUCCAGAAUCGACAGCAGCAGGAGGAGAACGAGACCAAGCGGGAGCAGGAGAUUAAUGCGGCCAAGGGCGAUAAAGACCCUAAGAAGGCCCACGGCUCACCGAACGGCGAGCAAAAGGAAGAGCAGGACAGCUCCGAUAAGAGCAAGAAGAGGAGCUAA